ACUGGUGAAGAGGCUGCAGCACACCCGGUCACGAGCUCUGUCACCGACUUUACUGUCGUUUUGACAAUAUAAUAGUAACGUUAGCCAGCCAGCUAGGUAGCUAGUUACAUCUACUUAAUACGGGCUAUUAGCCGCAUUGCUUUUCUUAAAGUAAUUCGUAGAGUAUGUUAAACAUUGGAGUGUACACACUGACAUGUUCGGUGAUGUAUUCCAACAUUUUAUAGCCAACGUUAGCUAGCUACAGCAGAACGAUAGCUGCUUACGGCUUGCUAGCUAGUAGCUAGCUGGCUCAGCUGACAGAAAACGGUUGUUUAUUGAAAAUACAUUGGCUUGCUAGUUGGUUAGUCACUAGUGUUUACCGUUUUCUUCCAGUAUCGUAUUAGGCAUAAAUACAGCUAGCUAAAUAAACUAUUUCAAAGCUUGUGGUCAGUGGUGGCUGUAGGGCUAACUAUAAAACAAACUUAGCUAGCUAGCUAACUUAGCCAGUUAUCGGUUGGCUCUGAAUGAAGCGCUCGCCAGCAGGAUUCUUCUAGCAGAACUCGCCUUGCGUCAGCGAUAUCACCCAGGAGCCAGUUGGGUAGCCAACUAGCUGGCUACCUUGCUACUGUUGGAAUUUGGUCGUAGUUAGCUAAGUAGUUGAUUGGCUUAUUUAAGCGUUAAAAUUUUGUGUCUUGAUUAUAAAAAUCACCGAAAAUGCCGGCUGUGUCGAAGGGAGAUGGAAUGCGAGGAUUAGCGGUGUUCAUUUCGGACAUACGAAAUUGUAAGAGUAAGGAGGCAGAGAUCAAGCGUAUUAACAAGGAGCUGGCCAACAUACGCUCUAAGUUCAAAGGGGACAAGGCGCUGGAUGGCUACAGCAAGAAGAAGUAUGUCUGCAAGCUGCUCUUCAUCUUCCUGUUGGGCCAUGACAUUGACUUUGGACACAUGGAAGCUGUCAAUCUCCUCAGCUCCAACAAGUACACAGAGAAGCAGAUUGGCUACCUUUUCAUUUCAGUGCUGGUGAACAGCAACAGUGAGCUCAUCCGUCUCAUUAACAAUGCUAUCAAGAAUGACCUGGCGAGUAGGAACCCUACCUUCAUGUGUCUCGCCCUGCACUGCAUUGCCAACGUGGGCAGCAGGGAGAUGGCGGAGGCCUUUGCUGGGGAGAUCCCUCGCAUUCUGGUGGCUGGUGACACAAUGGACAGUGUGAAGCAGUCUGCCGCCCUGUGUCUGCUGCGUCUGUAUAAGACGUCCCCUGACCUGGUGCUGAUGGGCGAGUGGACCUCCAGAGUGGUUCACCUGCUCAAUGACCAGCACAUGGGGGUGGUGACCGCAGCAAUCUCCCUCAUCACCUGUCUGAGCCAGAAGAACCCAGAUGAGUUUAAGACCUGUGUGUCUCUGGCCGUGUCUCGACUCAGCAGGAUUGUGUCCUCUGCCUCCACGGACCUUCAAGACUACACAUACUACUUUGUCCCGGCCCCCUGGCUGUCCUGCAAGCUGCUGCGACUACUGCAGUGCUACCCCCCGCCUGAGGAUGGCGCUGUGAAAGGCAGGCUUGUUGAGUGUCUUGAGACAAUCCUGAACAAGGCACAGGAGCCCCCCAAGUCUAAGAAGGUUCAGCACUCAAAUGCAAAGAAUGCCAUUCUGUUUGAGGCCAUCUCUCUCAUCAUUCACUAUGACAGUGAGCCCAAUCUGCUGGUGCGUGCCUGUAACCAGCUGGGUCAGUUCCUGCAGCACCGUGAGACCAACCUUCGCUACCUGGCCCUGGAGAGCAUGUGCACUCUGGCCAGCUCAGAGUUUUCCCAUGAGGCUGUCAAGACACACAUAGAGACUGUCAUCAAUGCUCUAAAGACGGAGAGGGAUGUGAGCGUGAGGCAGAGGGCUGCGGACCUGCUGUACGCCAUGUGCGACCGCAGCAACGCCAAGCAGAUUGUGGCCGAGAUGCUGAGCUACCUGGAGACUGCAGAUUACUCCAUCAGGGAGGAGAUGGUGCUGAAGGUGGCCAUCCUGGCAGAGAAAUAUGCUGUGGAUUAUUCUUGGUACGUGGAUACCAUCCUCAACCUGAUCCGCAUUGCAGGGGACUAUGUCAGCGAGGAGGUGUGGUACAGGGUCAUCCAGAUCGUCAUCAACAGGGAUGACGUGCAGGGUUACGCCGCCAAAACUGUGUUUGAGGCCCUGCAGGCCCCAGCAUGUCAUGAGAACAUGGUGAAGGUGGGGGGCUACAUCCUGGGGGAGUUUGGCAACCUCAUCGCUGGGGACCCGCGUUCAAGUCCCCUCAUCCAGUUCAACCUCCUGCACUCUAAGUUCCACUUGUGCUCGGUGCCCACCCGCGCCCUGCUGUUGUCGGCCUACAUCAAAUUCAUCAACCUCUUCCCCGAGACCAAGCCCACCAUCCAGGAGGUGCUGCGCUCGGACAGCCAGAUCCGCAACUCCGAUGUGGAGCUCCAGCAGAGGGCCGUGGAGUACCUCAAGCUCUCCUCCAUCGCCAGCACUGAUGUCCUUGCGACAGUCCUGGAAGAGAUGCCUCCGUUUCCUGAGAGGGAGUCUUCCAUUUUGGCCAAACUGAAGAAGAAGAAGGGACCAGGAGCAGUGUCUGUCUCGGAGCUGGAGGAAGGGAAGAGAGAGGGAGGAGAGCUGAAUGGUGGAGGCGAGAGGGGGACCGAUGCCUCUGCUAUUGCUGCCUCCAAUGCUUCUACCCCAUCCCCAUCAGCCGACCUGUUGGGUCUUCGCUCAGCAGCUCCUGUUGGUUCAGCUGCUCCCAGUGCAGGCAGUCUUUUGGUAGAUGUAUUUUCAGAGGCAGGACCUGUAGCACCUUCUGCAGUUACAGAUGACAACUUCCUCAGUGAUCUGGAACCUCCUACUGAGAGCUCUGACUCGCUAUUGGUCGAGGCUCCCAGUGAACCAGAUUCUGCCCCCUCUUCUUCUCUUGGCUCUGAAGAACCCGCUCCACCUCUCCCUGAAUCAGAUGAGCUUCUGAACAAGUUUGUGUGCAAGAAUAAUGGGGUACUGUUUGAGAAUCAGCUACUUCAGAUCGGAAUCAAAUCUGAGUAUCGCCAAAACCUGGGGAGGAUGUACCUGUUCUAUGGGAAUAAAACAUCAGUGCAGUUUGUCAGUUUCUCCACUACUGUCACCUGCCCUGGGGGACUACAGUCUGAGCUCAAUAUACAGACCAAGCCCGUGGAGCCCCUAGUGGAGGGAGGAGCACAGGUGCAGCAGGUCAUCAACAUAGAGUGUCUGUCUGACUUCAGUGAGGCUCCGCUACUCAACAUCAAGUUCAGGUAUGGAGGAGCACUACAGAACAUCACAUUGAAACUUCCUGUCACCAUCAACAAGUUCUUCCAGCCCACAGAGAUGGCCUCUCAAGACUUCUUUCAGCGCUGGAAACAGCUCAGUCUCCCCCAGCAGGAAUCCCAGAAGAUCUUCAAGGCCAACAAUGCCAUGGACACAGAGGUGCUCAAAGCCAAGUUGCUUGGUCUGGGCACUGCCCUGCUGGAGAAUGUGGACCCCAACCCUGAAAACUUUGUGUGUGCUGGAGUCAUCCAGACCAAGGCCCAGCAGGUGGGCUGUCUGCUGAGGCUGGAGCCCAAUGCACAGGCCCAGAUGUAUCGGCUGACGCUCCGCAGUAGUAAGGACUCCGUCUCCAAGCGCCUCUGUGAGCUGCUGGCACAACAGUUCUAGAACCAUCCCUGAGGCUGAGCUCCAGGCUCCAAACUGUGUCAACCAAUAGAGGAACAGCAGAACCUUCAAACAUGCUUACAUAAGGGAAAAGUAGCUGUCCUCACAUGACAGCCAUAUGUUAUUGUUAUUAUUAUUGUCAUGAUAAUUAUUGCUAUAAUUAUUGUUUUU